CAGCAAAAAAAAUUGCCAAUGAUUGAUGGUCUGCAUUAUGUCUGGAGCCAGCCGUCAGCUCACUCUUUUCUUCUGCGGCUGUUGCGUGGCUGCCCUGGGGGUCCAGGCCGAGGAGCACUGCCCCGCUGAGCGUCACCAGGCUGCCCAGUACGUGGCUGCCGUGUACGAGCACCGGUCCAUCCUGAGCCCGAACCCGCUGGCCCUCAUCAGCCGCAAGCAGGCCUUGGAGCUCAUGAACCAGAACCUCGACAUCUAUGAACAGCAAGUGACGAUCGCGGCCCAAAAGGGUGUACAGAUUAUAGUGUUUCCAGAAGAUGGCAUCCAUGGAUUCAACUUUACAAGAGCAUCCAUUUACCCAUUUUUGGACUUCAUGCCUUCUCCCCACUUGGUCAGGUGGAACCCAUGCCUGGAGCCCCACCGAUUCCAUGACACGGAAGUCCUCCAGCGCCUGAGUUGUAUGGCUGUCAAGGGAGAGAUGUUCCUGGUGGCCAAUCUUGGGACAAAGCAGCCUUGUCAUAGCAGUGACCCAGGGUGCCCAAAUGAUGGCAGAUACCAGUAUAACACGAACGUGGUGUUCAGCAGUAACGGAACCCUGGUUGACAGCUACCGCAAACAAAACCUCUACUUUGAAGCAGCGUUCAAUACCCCCCCGGAAGUGGAUCACAUCACCUUUGAUACCCCCUUUGCUGGCAAGUUUGGCAUCUUCACUUGCUUUGACAUAUUGUUCUUCGACCCUGCUGUCAGGCUCCUCAGAGACUCGGAGGUGAAGCAUGUCGUGUAUCCGACCGCCUGGAUGAACCAGCUCCCGCUCUUGGCAGCCAUUCAGAUUCAGAGAGGUUUCGCCAUCGCCUUUGGCGUCAACUUUCUGGCUGCGAACAUCCACCAUCCAUCUCUGGGGAUGACGGGAAGUGGCAUACACACCCCUCUGAAGUCCUUUUGGCACCAUGACAUGGAAAGCCCCGAAGGUCACCUUAUAAUUGCCCGGGUAGCCAAAAAUCCACAGGGUCUCAUUGGUACAGGCAAUACCACAGGGAAAAUGGACCCAUCCCAUAGUAAGUUUUUAAAAAUCUUGGCAGGGGAUCUAUACUCUGAGAAGGAUGCCUGGGACGUCCACUGUGAUGGAGCCCCCAAAUGGAACACGAAUGCCCCUCCCACGUUUAACUCUGAGAUGAUGUAUGACAAUUUCACCCUGGUUCCCGUGUGGGGCAAGGAAGGCUACCUCCGAGUCUGCGCAAAUAGCCUUUGCUGUCAUUUGCUUUACCAGAGGCCCACUCUGUCCAAGGAGCUGUAUGCCCUGGGCGUCUUUGACGGCCUUCACACUGUGCACGGCACUUACUACGUUCAAGUCUGUGCCCUGGUCAAGUGUGGCGGUCUUGGCUUUGAAACCUGUGGGCAGGAGGUCACAGAGGCCGCGGGGAUAUUUGAGUUUCACCUGUGGGGGAACUUCAGUACCUCCUAUAUCUUUCCAAUGCUUCUGACCUCAGGGAUGACCCUGGAAACCCCUGACCAGCAGGGCUGGGAGAAUGAUCACUAUUUCCUGAGGAAGAGUGGACUGUCCUCUGGUCUGGUGACGGCAGCUCUCUACGGGCGGUUGUACGAGAAGGACUAGGGGGUAUGGGGUGGGCUCCCCCUGCACUGGCACAGGCCACAGCUCACAGCACCGGGACCACUUUUUCACCCCAGAGCCCAUCCUGGGAGCCAUGGGAAGAGGUAGGGAGACAGAUUUCGCCAGUGUCUUUUCCUCUUAAGUGCAAAUUCGUGAGACAUUUUCUGGUAUUUUCUACUCACAUUUCUAUUUUUCAAGCCACGUCUUCCUCCAGCAGAUCUUCCACUACACAAUUGUUUUAAGAGCGCAAACAAAAAUAAGUGUCAGUUUAUAUUUUACACGUCCACAA